AUGUCUCGUUUCUUCCGUAGUUCAGAUACUGAAUCUGAUUCUGAUACUUCCUCUGACAACGACUCUCAAUACUCUCAAUCUGAUUCCGAGUACGAUUCCGAUGCUGAGAGUUAUCACUCUGAAGUCGAAGAAGAACAACCCAAGAACCGUUUCUUGAAGGGUGGAAGUGAUUCUGAAGAUUCUGACGAUGAAUCCAACAAGAAGCGUCAAGCCAAAUCUCAAAAAGACAAGAGAAUUGAGGAAAUGGAAACUGCAGUAAAGGCUAUCGAAAAUGGCCAAAAGAACAAUGAUUGGAAUUUGAUUUCUACUGAGUUCGACAAACUUACUGUCACCAUCUCAAGAGCCACCACUGGCUUUAACGCCAUUCCCAUGCCCAAGUUCUAUAUCAAGACUAUGGUUGAACUCGAAGAUCAUUUAGCUGAUAGCCUUCAAAAGGACAAGGCCAACAAAAAGAAGAGCACUGGCAACAGCAAGGCCAUGAACAACUUGAAGCAAAAGCUCAGAAAGCUCGCCAAACAAUUCGAUGAAUCCAUCACUGCUUAUAGAAAGGAUCCUGAGGAAUUCAUGAAGGAAGAGGAAGUGGAGGAGGAGCCCGCUGCUCCUGUUAGUAAGCAAAGAGAGAUUCCUGCCCAAGCUGCAGCUGCAGGUGAUGAUGAUGGUUUCUCUUCUGUCGGUAAGGGCGGUAAGACUCUUGUCUCUGUUACCAGCGAGAACCUUUUGGCUCGUUUGAGAGAAGUUUUGGAAAGUCGUGGCAAAAAGAACACCAACCGUGAUGAACAAAUUGCUACCUUGGAAACCUUGUUGGAAAAUGCCCAAUCUCCUUUCCAAAAGAUCUCCGUUUUGUUAGCUCUCAUCGCCUCUCGUUUCGAUAUCACUGCCUCCAAAGCACCUUACAUGGAUCUUGCUGUGUGGAAGUCCUCUGCCAAGGAGUUUAACCAACUUCUCGAAGUGCUCGAAACCAACAAAUCCUUCGUUGUUACCGAAGAUGCUGAAGAUCUCGACAAUGAAGACAGAGAUGUUAAGCCCAAGGAUGGUGAAGUGAUCAAGGUCCGUGGUUCUAUUCUCAGUUUUGUUGAACGUUUGGAUGAUGAAUUCAACAAGUCUCUUCAAAACAUUGAUCCUCAUGCUACUGAUUACAUUGAUCGUCUCAGAGAUGAACCUGCUCUUUACGCCAUGUUGGACCGUGCACAAUUCUACUGUGAAGUCAACAGCAUUGACUUUGCUCUUCCCAGAAUCAUCUCUCGCAAGUUGGAUCAUGUCUACUACAAGCCUGAGCAAGUCAUUGGCUCUCUUCAAGCUGCCAGCAAGCAACUCUUGCCCAACUAUGUUGUCUCCAAGAUCACCAACUCUCAAGAUCCCGCCGAGUUUGUCAACCAGCUCUGUAACUACCUCUACAAGGAUACCUCCACUGUCUUCCGCACUCGUGCUAUCCUCUGUCAUAUCUAUCACUAUGCUCUCCACAAGAAGUUUCACACUGCCCGUGAUUUGUUGUUGAUGUCUCAUGUUCAAGACUCUAUCCACCAAGCUGAUAUUGCCACCCAAAUUUUGUAUAACCGUGCCAUGGUUCAAAUUGGUAUCUGCGCUUUCCGCGAUGGUUUGAUCAAGGAAUCUCAUGCUGCUCUCUCCGAGAUCCAAGGCUCUGGCCGUGUCAAAGAGCUUUUGGCCCAAGGUGUUCAAGCACAACGUUUCGGCCAACCCGCCAACCCUGAAGCCGAUGCCAUUGAGCGUCAACGUCAAUUACCUUUCCACAUGCACAUCAACUUGGAACUUCUUGAAUGUAUUUUCUUGACAUCUUCCAUGCUCUUGGAAAUCCCUGCUCAAGCACAGGCUGGACCUAACAACAAGAAAUUCAUCUCCAGACCUUUCCGUCGAUUGCUCGACUACAAUGAACGUCAAGCCUUCUGUGGUCCUCCUGAGAACACCAGGGAUCACAUCAUGAGUGCUGCCAAGGCUUUGGCUUCUGGUGAAUGGGAAAAGGCCAAGGACUUUAUUUUAGCUAUCAAGGUUUGGGAUUUGAUGACUGAAACUCAAGAGAUCAAGGACAUGCUCGUCCGCAAGAUCCAAGAAGAAGGUCUCCGCACCUAUUUGUUCACUUACUGCUCUUACUACACCACAUUGGGAUUGGCACAAUUGUCCAGCAUGUUUGAUUUAUCUGUCAACAGUGUUUCCGCUAUUGUUGCUAAGAUGAUCUUUAACGAGGAAUUAUCAGCAUCACUAGACCAAGUUACUCAAUGCAUUGUUCUCCACCAAGUUGAGCUUUCUAGACUCCAAGUUUUGUCCUUGCAAUACUCUGAAAAGGUUGCUAACCUCGUUGACCAAAACGAGCGUUUAACAUCCAAUGGUAGAGAUAACAACAAUAACAGCAGCAGCAACAACACAAAUAAUAACAACAGCAGUAGCCAUAGCCAUACUCACAACAGAAAUCAUUAA